UUAUGAGCACCACAAAAGCUCAAGUAGUCCCACCCUUCGAAGGCAACUGGGACUCUCGCUCCAGCUCCCACCAUGAAGUCCCUCACUACUGCUCUCUUCGCCGCUCUAGCCGCGACAACGUCUGCUCGCAGCGUAUUGCAGGCAGACACCCGCCAGACCUACCUGGCGUCUGCGGCUACCUAGUCGGUCGAGAACUGCGGUUCCUCAGAGGAUAUUGCAAGGAUCAGCAACGUGACGUUGAGUCCCGACCCACCGACAACGUGAGCAGCUAUCCCAAUCCCUUCCCUUUUCUGUAUCCGUAUUCCGCUCAAUGGCUACUCGGGCUGAAUGCUAGCAGAAGCGGCAUCAACACCAUGACCGUCACGGGCUCGAUGCAGAGGCCUCUGGCGGCCGGAGCUUAUGCGAGUGAUCGCGUCAGCUUGGGGAUUAUCAAGGUUCGGGACGAGCGGUACGAUGUCUGCACCGACAAGGCGAUUUCGGGCGCCGCUUGUCCGUACACUGAGGGACAAUCGCUCAACGUCUCGGUUCCCGUAGACACCAGGCGACUGCCAUCGGUAAGUCGCUUCUGCAAGACUGUGAAGCAACAUGACCCGUUUCCGCUGAUGUGAUGGUGAUAGGCUGGCUAUAAGACCGACAUUCAAGUCGGGAGUGGACGAGGACGAGGAUGUCGCCUGCUUGGUGCUCAGGGCUAACUUUCUGAAUACGGCUGGCUACCGAUCUGGAUGAUUGGAAAGGCGCUGAUUGAACAGGUCGCCAUUAUUCAACACAGCGCAACUCUAUGGAUUGGAGGUGGUUGUUCGUCGUCGAGAUGUUGGUUUCCGGCGGGUCACGCUUGCGUCCGAUGUAGAGCAAUGAGUCUAGGCCUUAUAUGAUGAAUAGAGAAGGAUUGUCACAUAGCGGUUGCGGUCAUGGCUGGACGACGUAGGUCCAUCUUCACCAUUUGUUGUCUGUAGCAUUGAACGGGCAUACGCGGUCCACAGCUAAUGCAGCGUACCACGGAUCGCUACCCAUAGGACGCAUAUCUGCCGCCUUGAUCGGAGCGUGCGUGCAGAGUGCGGAAGAUGUAUAAAACCUAUCAAACACGUGAGCAGAGCGAAAGGGC